AUGGAUGUACCGUAUCGAGCCCUACUGACAUUUUGUGGGAGUUCAUGGCUUGACGACAAUUGUAUGGGGCACGGGAUAGCGCUGCUACACCGUGAGCAUCCUGAUGUUGGCGUCGUCAACCCUCUCUUCCUGCGUUUCCAGCUCCGAGAGCAGCAGCUUACGACUGUCAAAGCCGGCAACCCGUUCGCGAAAACAAACAAGAUAGUGCUGAUACCGUUGCAUAUCGACAACAACCACUGGUGCGGUGCUGUGAUCGAUUUUCGGAGAGAGACCCGGAGAAUCACGCUCUUUGACCCGCUUCAAGCGUCGAAGGCAAAGUACUACGACACCUGUGAAGCCCAACUGAAGAGUAUUUUUGGAGAACUAUGUACCCUUCUGACAAUCAAGCGAGAAACACGUUCACGACAGCCAGAUGGAUCAAGUUGCGGUGUAGCUGUCCUUAUGUUUUUCGAGUGCUACCUCAGAGGAAUUCCACUGCCAGCCAAACCAACCUUAGCAUUCAUACGAUUUUUAAGGCUCCGUUACAUGCUGAAAUGUCUGAUGUAG